CAAACAGCGCCUGUCAAAAAAGAGGUGGCCACACGGGGAUUCGUAGGGAAGGAGGCGGCAGGAAAAGCUGGAGCCUAAUUGAUUCGACGUCCCCAACACCACCGCAAAUAACAACAAUCAUCAUACGCCAGCUCUGGCUAAGGGAAGCGGCAGAGAAGAGAGGAAGCAGCCACGAAUCAUGGCCCCUGAGCAUGGUCACCGGCAGCAACCAUGUGGCCGACUUCUAGGGUGAGCAGCCCAAUGAUGCUGGCCAGCCCCCUCCCUGCCAGGCUCUAGAACUGGAUCCCAGCAGCACCUCCUGUGUGGUCGUCGGGUAGACUGCUGUGGCACUGUCUCUACAUGCCCCUCUACCUUGCCAUCCAGGCCUCCCGACAACCAGCAGUCAGGUGACACUUCGUCUCACUUCGAAAUCCCCCUGCAAGCGGACGGCAUUUCCCCCCUUGCCUGCCCUUCAGCAACCAGGAAUCCAAAAUGACCAUCUUUGACCUUUGGAGAAGGAAAGGUGGCUUUGGCCGGGUGAGGUCUGACAGAUGAGGAGUGGAGCAAAAAUGAUGGAGAAGCUGGACAGCCCCCAGACGCCUGUUGCCUCAGAGCAGCAAAACCCUCCUCCACCAGUUUCCCCGCCACCCAUCCCCUCCCCAGCUAGUGGGGGGGAUGAGGUUGAGGCCACCCCACCCCCCACCAGCCCCUCUCCUCCUCCUGCUCCUGCUCCUCCUCCUCAAACCAAGGGGAGUCCUCCCUCAGAGCCCCCUCCAGUGCCCUUGCCCCACAAUAUCCCUGUCAUCAGCCUAGGCCAUAGUAAGCCCCCCAUGCAUGAUGAGGUCCCCACCACCCAACUCACUGCACUGCAUCCCAUCCCCAACCUCUUGCAGCUGUCCGCUCUGCCACCUCGCCCCCCGCCACCCUCCAUGCCUCUAGCUGGAGUCAGGAGUCCCCUCUUGCCCUCACAGUAUCAGCAUCAUCAUUUUCUCAACAGCAUCUACAUUGGCAGCUCUGGGACUUUUGGCCUCUUCCCCAACAACCGCCUGAAACGCAGACCGAGCCAUUAUGAACAGGAUAUUACAGAGGGGAUUCAGCCCCAGAAGGUGGCACGCCGGGUCUUCACCAACAGCCGAGAGCGCUGGCGUCAACAGAAUGUGAACGGUGCCUUUGCUGAACUGCGGAAACUCAUCCCCACUCACCCGCCAGACAAGAAGUUGAGCAAGAAUGAGAUCCUUCGCUUGGCCAUGAAAUAUAUCAACUUCCUCGUGAAGCUGCUGAGUGACCAGGCCAGGUCGGCUGGAGGGGACCCUCCUGAUGCAGAGACCCCCUGCAAUGGGACCCCUGGGACUCCCUCACCACCAGCACCCAUAAAACUGGAAUGGGUGCCAGUGGAGCCACUGACUGUGCUGGGGGCCGGAGAGCUGCGGUGAUGAGUGGCCUGGUUGGCAGUGUGGUCCUUAUGCCCCCCCCCUGCUCCACCCACCACACACACACUGUUGCACGCAUAGAUUGAAUCAACAUGGAUGGAAAGCCUCCAGGCGGCACAUCCCUUCCUGGGAUAUUUGGUGCUGGGUGCAAAAGGUCACCGUGCAGGCUGUGAUCUUAGGGCUCCUACCACUGUUGGAGGCUGAAUGUAUGGCUGUACAGAGGCCUAAGAUGGGGUGGAGAGGGCAAAGCAGCCCCCUUGAAUGAGACUUCCCUACCUGCCCAGUUGAUGGGGACUUUGGGGAGGAAUUAAGAGUGGGGCUUUUGUGUUCAUGUCCCUAGCUUGGCUUGCUUCCAGAAUAGCCAGAGGGGGGCAGCAGAGGGCAGCUCUAUUGGGAGCCGGGUUAGCAAAACACAACUCCACAUCCUCCAGUGAGAUGGAGCCCAUUUUUGUUAGAGCAUCAUUCUGGGUGGGGAGGUGAUGCUCGGAUGGUCCUCUGCACUUUACUGCUCUGCUAACCAGUGUGUUUCACUCCUGGCCUCUGCAUACUCAGCUCCAAGUGUCAGGUCUGCAUUGAUCCUACCUGGAUGUUUGAGCCUAUAUAGAGGAACAAAAAAGAGGUCCGCUGGGUAAAAUAGUGGCUUUGAGCAUUGGAUUUCAUUUAGUGAGGCCCUCAGCUCAUAGGUUCAUCCUUCCCACACUGAGUGGCCUCUAUGAAGGGGCUCUAGUGGUGCUCUCUCUCUUUAAAACCCUUGCCACAGAUUUGAUGGUGGUGCCCAGAUAUUUUCCCUAAUGGAAGAGGGGGAAGAAGAAGAAAAAGUCUGGAGACUCUUCUACAUCUGCCAUGUAUCAUUGCGUCUAGUUUUGCCUUCAGGGAUGAGUUCUCACUGAGGUCACACACCUGAAUCUGUGCUGCAGCACUUCAGAACACAGAUGAGGGCUCACAUGACGGUAUAGAGAAAAACAGAGUCCUAUUCAGCAGACUUUGCCUUUGGGGGAGAUGGCUAGGCCAGAAAACGAUCUUUUCCUUCACAUGCCAUCACGUGAGCUCCUACCUGCUGACUGAAGUGGUACGAAAUAAGCCUUAGUGAUCAUUCUUUCGCCAGCUCACAGUGAUGCUUUCAGCAUCCAGGUGGGCUGCAAAGGGACUUACUCAAGCCUGGGUGUGGUGGUGGUGGUUUGGAGGGCCCCUUGGGAUUGACAGGUGAUUCCGUGGCAAUUGCUGUGUCAUUCUUGGUGGGCUGGAGCCUAGCAGUGGUGGUUGGGCUGAGUCGGGAGCCCAUGGCCGCCGGAACCCUUCCCCUUCCUGGAAAUCGAAGGGCGGUUUGUGCUGAGUCAGUAUCCAAGCCUGCCCUACGCACCCUGGGCCACCUGCCAAGCCCAAAUGUGGCAGCAGACAGUCCAAGGUGGUGGGAGGGUCUGAGUUGCCUGUUAUCCAGUAAAGACAGCUGGGGAAGGCCUUUGAGGAGGGAACAAGGACAGAGAGAAGGAGAAGUCUAGAAAGAGCUACUGUUUGCCCCCAUACAAGCCACAGCACAGCACCCUCCACUAGCAAUCCAGACGGAGUUUGCUAAAGGGAUUGCUCCCCAUUCCUGCAGAAGACAGGCAGGUCCAGCAAGUCCCUUUGCUCCCAUUAGGCUUUUCAAAUGCCUAUUGGAGUGAGAGAGCCCGGGCCAGGAUUCUUGGAUCUGUCAAUGUUGAAGCCAAUAGAUGACUAUGACCUGACGUGUUCAUGUUCUGUUCCAAAGCAAGAGAAGUUCCAAAGUGGAAAUCAACCCUCCCCCCCGUCAAACAACAUGCAAAUAGUUUAAUGCAAAUUUGCCUCUACUACAGGAUCUUGCAAGCUCUGUUUGGACUUUUACAGAACUGGAGUUUGUUCUGGAAUUUAAUUUUUAUUUUAUUUUUUUGCAAGGAGUUGGUGAGAGGAGAAAGUCUGGGUAGGUGAAGGGCAGUAGGGAAAAGAACAUUAUAGAUUGGCAACCAUGAGAGAGGUGUGUGUGCACACGCUCAUUGUAGGCAAUGCAAGGAAAUCAUGCAGAGCGUUGGUUUGCUGCCUUUGAGGCCUGUGGCUGGCAGUGCCCGAAAAUCUUGAAAAAUAUCCCUGAAAUCAUGAGAAGUGCUAUGUUCUUCCAGAAGAGUGGCUCUGUUAGCUUGAAGCAGAAAGAAGACGACGCCUUAUGUGGCACCACAGAGAUGGCCUGCUUUUGAUGGGGUGCAGGGUUCCACAGGCAGCAGCAUUUGAAAAGAUGCUCAACAUUCUCAGUUCUGUGCUAGAAAUGAUGUCAUGUACAAGUUGAUGAACAGCCCUGGCAGUCAGUGGCAGAGACUCCACUGAAGCCUUGUCACUCCUCAGCUAUUCUUCAACCCCACUCACCUGGGUUUCAGUUUCUUCUUCAGGUCUAUCCUCUGGGUUUGGAAACUGUGAGCAAUGAUAAACCCAAUUUCUCCUGUCCAUUGGUGGUUUUUCAGCCACGUGAUUUCCGCCCCCUACUCCAUCUGUCUUGUCUGAUUGGUUCUUGUUGUGUGUCCUUAUUCUGCUCAAUUAAAGAACCCAAGGUAUUUCUUAAACUA